AUGGCCGAUUUGGACCACCGAGUCUCGAAAACUCGAGACGCCAUUCAAGAAAAAGUAAACGAGUGCUUAGAGCUCCCUGGGUUACACUCGCGAGGCCUCUCGAAAGAUAACGAGACGAAGAUUUUAAAACUGAGGAAAGAUAUCGACGAGUCGCACGAGCACGUGGAAAUGUUAUCGAAAGAGAAGAUACGAUUAGCGACGUUAGCGCUGGAGAUUUUAGAGAAGAACGUGAUGGUACAACUCGACGAGGACUUGGAGCGAUAUCGGGAGGAGUUGAAAGCGAACCAGGAAUUCGGCGAGGAGGAAAAGUUUAAGAGUAGCAAUAAAGCGAUGGAUAUGGAUAUCGGGACGCCUACGAGAGGACCGAGCAGACAAGGUUCGAGAAUGGGUGGUGGUGGGAACAAUUCGAACGAAAAUUUACCGGGAUUAGGAAACGAACAACCAGCAGGAGGACAGAAGAAAAAUUUACAGAUUGGCGAUUUGGUCGCCGCGAACAUCGGCGAGUUGAACAUUGGCCCAGGUGCGCACGAGUGGAUCGUAGGAACCGUGUUUCGAUACAUUCCCGCGACGGACGAAUACGACAUCGUCGAUGCCGACGACGACACGAACAAAAAUAACCCGAACAACAAGAACAUCGCCAGAGGAAAUAAAAAAGGAGGCACGAAAAACAUGAAGAAAACUGGAGGCAAAGAAUCGAAAGAAACCACCUACCGGUUAUCCGCGAAAGCGUGCGUCAUCGCGCUCCCGAAAACCGCAAAUCCGUCGCACGGCGCUACAAAUUUCGACGACGGCGCGUACGUCUUAGCAGUCUACCCUCAAACGACCACUUUUUAUAAAGCCAAAGUCGUUCGCAGCGCGUCUCGCAUACCGCCGAGCGGCGACUACGGCGAGUUUUUGUUAGAAUUCGAGGACGACGGCGACGUGCCGAGAAGGGCGGUGCCGUUCAGGCACGUCGUCGAGUGCCCGAAGACCAUGUAG